AACAGGAAGUACAAACAGAUGAACAGAAGAGAUCCCAGAAGCACCACUGCUUCGGUAAUUGUUCAGACAGAGACCGCCCAAACAGAAAACACAUGCCAUUUCCCCUUCGCCUGACCAACUUGGCAUUCAGAGUACAAGAUUACAGGCGAGGGGCUGGGCCUCUCCAGGCAGGAACUGGAGUCAGACGCUUCCCUGCUACUUGCUGGGAGAGAAGAACAUUAGGAAUGCCUUUCAGUGCCUGCGUUCCUGAACUGUCCCUUAGAAGCCUGGCAGCUCGGGGCAAUCCAGCCACAGCUCACCCGCAACCUCGCAGGCGUCCUGAUGCAGGCCAAGUACUACAGCACGAACAACAUGCUGGAUGAGGAAUGGGGCACCACCUUGAGCCUGCAUUCUCAAGCCUCUACUCCAGCCCAGCGCCCAAAGCUUGGGCACACAGAGCAGCCACCUCCCUCUUCAGCAUGGCGUCCAGUGGCCUUGAUCCUGGUCAUUUUGUGCCUGGUGCUGCUGAUUGGCCUGGCAAUACUGGGGUUUGUGUUUUUUCAGUUCUACCAGCUCUCCAAUACUCAGAAAGACAGCAUUAGUGAACUGGAAGAAAGAUCGGGGAAUCUAUCCCAACAACUGCAAUCUCUCCAAGCCCAGAACAGAAAGCUCGUAGAAACUCUGCAGCAGGUGGUUGAAAAAUACUGUCGUGAGCUUUAUAACAAAACUGGAGAACAUAGAUGUAGCCCUUGCCCAGAAAAUUGGAAAUGGCAUGGGGACAAAUGCUACCAGUUCUAUAAAAAGAGCAAGAGUUGGCAGGACUGUGACUCUUUCUGUAUUGCUGAAAACGCAACCAUGCUGAAGAUAAACACACAAGAAGUGCUGCAGUUUGCCAUGCCUCAGAGCUACUCUGAGUUUUUCUACUCUUACUGGAUAGGGCUAUCCCGCAACGGCAGUGACAAGCCCUGGCUGUGGGUGGAUGGAGCAUCUUACACUUCUGAACUGUUUAAGAUUAAAACAGAUUUCACCAGUCCAGGAGACGGGGACUGUGUGACCAUUCUCAGUGGAAUGUUUUUCUCAAAGAACUGCGAAGAGUUGAGGCGGUGUGCGUGUGAAACAGUGGCGACCCCAGUCAAGUUAGAGAGACUCCCUUAGCGUCUGUGAAUCAUUCAUUACAUGUAGGUGAUUGACUCUCCAGCUGUGACUACAACUGUGUGCUCCCUCCCUUCAGAGAAACUGAAGAUCAGAACAAAAGUCAUUCUCUUUAUGUGCACUUGUAAUAGUUUGGUUUCAAACUAUUCUCUUUCAUUUGAUCCAUGUUUAUGCAACAACUCAACAAAAAGCCUGAGACAUGCAAAGUCAAUGCAAAGGAUAUCUGAGACAUAGAAAAAUGGAAAAAAAAAAAUCUGGAAAGGCAAUUGCUCUGACCGGCACAAGAAGGAUUUUCAUAUUUCCUGCUCAAGAUCACCAGUACUUCUGAGCUUGGAAGUUCAUGCACAUAUGCACCAGUCACAAAGAAGUCCUGAUUACAUAUCACCAACUGGCCCCUGAAAUCCAUAAGGUUGUUGUAAUCCACCUUCUGGAUUUUGAGAUAACUUUCUAGUGUUCUUCUCUCUCAGCAUUUGAUACCAUUUUUUGUUUCUAUUUAUUACUUAAUACUUGGAGUGAGAAACUUAAACAGAGGAACUAACUGUAUGUAAGAUCCUUUGCUCCAACAGUCAAUGAGUCCAUGAGAAAUUAGCAAUCAUUUCUUACUCUGAGCUAACAAAUACAAAACUAAUUCAUUUGGUUUGCUUAAGUUCAUAUUAUUUUUCCUUCUCAGUUUCUCAAUAAAGCCCCCAUCUGCUUUGGCUAAUUCUCUUUAUUAGAAUCUUAACUUUUACAAACAUAUCUCUCCAUGUCUAUUUAAGAUUCCAAUGAUUGCCUCCUAGAAAUUUCUUCUAGGAUAGAAAUAGUCUCAACUUGGUUCCAUAUCAGAAUUACUAUCCCUGAUACUCCUUUCAGAGAGAUUGACAACCAGAACAAAAGUCAGUCUGUUUAUGUGCAUCUGGAAUAGUUUAGUUUCAGUUCCUAUUUUCUUCCAUUUGAUCCAUGUUUAUACCUUUCAGGUACUGGAGAUUUAAUAAUAAUAAACAAUGUGAAGUGUGUGUGUGAUUUUGAAUGAAUUUGUGACUUGGGGGAAAAGUCAGUGUGAAAAUGCUCUUCAAAAUAUGAUAGAAGUGUUUUGAUUGUGCCUUAUGAGACAUUGUAUGGGUUCUACAAGAGUACUGAUUCUUUGAUUAUUUGAGAAAAAUAAGAAGUCUUUGAGAUGCAUUCUGUCUUCCAAAGGAUGGUUUUAAGACUUUUGUAAAAAAUGAAAUCCUUUGAAGCAAAUUUGUCAUCAACACGUGGCUCAAGAUGAGUAAACCGAAUUGCAGUGGGGCAAGUUAUCUAAUCGGGUCAGGGAAGUGAGAGACUGUGACAUACACCGUUGGCUUUGUGUGGAGGUGCCCGUUUCUCAGGAUGACAAUACGCGCAGCCAUACAGGGGCCAUUGCAAAGAACACCAUCAUAAACCCUGAGUUCAUUCGUUUACAGGUAAAUCCAUCUUAAGGCAUUAACACUAGAAAGGAUAAUUUAUUAUAAAUCUUUAUUUUUCAACAGUGGAAACUGGAAUUCUUCAGUUUUAUUUUCAGUAAAUAUCUAUCUUAUGGUGAAAUGACAUGAAGUUUGCAAACAUACAAUAAAGAGAACAUUUCUGUGUUAAUUUUCAUAAAACUGUGUCACCUAUCAAUUACUAAUUACUGAUUUUCUGUCCAUUGGCUAGAAAAAUUCUUCAGUGUUAGACAAAUUUUGAUUUAUUGUGUUGUGCAAGCACUGCACUUGUGAUCAUAAAAUGAGAAUUUUAGAUCCCUUUGUUUUAUUAUUGCAAAAUCACUUUAUUUCAAGAAGUUUAUUCUGUUAAGUAUAAAAUGAAGAUAUUUAUAA